AUGGUAGCAGGUAAUCAUGUGAUACAGAGGCAACAGCUCACGGUGCCAACUAUGUUUGAACUAACAUCUAUCUAUCUAUCUAUCUAUCUAUCUAUCUAUCUAUCUAUCUAUGUUAGUGUAUUAAUAUCUAUCUAUCAAUCUUUCUACCUCUCUCGCUAUCUAUCUAUCUAUCUCUCUAUAUAUAGAUAUAUGGAUAUUUGUUUAUCUACAUAUAUACUACCUAUCUAUCUCAGUUUCUUCCUUCCUAUCUAUCUAUCUAUCUAUCUAUCUAUCUAUCUAUCUAUCUAUCUAUCUAUCUAUCUAUCAUUAUAUAAUGGUAUCCAUCAUAAUUCCUUUAAUUCCUUUAUCUAUCUAUCUAUCUAUCUAUCUAUCUAUCUAUCUAUCUAUCUAAUUCUAUUCCAUAUCUAUCUGUUUAUCUAUCUAUGUAUCUAUAUGUCGUACUUUCUAAACCCAUUUCUGAAGUAUAUAUUGGUAUCCACUAUAAUCCCCUUAAUUCAUUAUCUAUCUAUCUAUCUAUCUAUCUAUCUAUCUAUCUAUCUAUCUAUCUAUCUAUCUGUUGUACUCUCUAAACCUAUUUCUGAAGUAUAUAUUGGUAUCUACUAUAAUCCUAUGAAUUCAUUACCUAUCUAUCUAAUUCUAUUCCUUAUCUAUCUAUCUAUCUAUCUAUCUAUCUAUCUAUCUAUCUAUCUAUCUAAUUCUAUUCCUUAUCUAUCUAUCUAUCUAUCUAUCUAUCUAUCUAUCUGUCGUACUGUCUAA